AUGGCGUCCUCUACUACUGUGCCUCUAGGAUUUCACUAUGAAACGAAGUAUGUUGUUCUCAGCUACUUGGGACUCCUCUCUCAGGAGAAGCUACAAGAGCAACAUCUUUCCUCACCCCAAGGUAUUCAGCAGGACACUGCUUCACAACCUCUGGAUCAAGAAGUUUUAUUAAAAGUUAAAAGUGAAAUUGAAGAAGAGCUAGAAUCCCUGGACAAAGAAAUUUCUGAAGCAUUCACCAGCACAGGCUUUGAUCGUCAUACUUCUCCUGUAUUCAGCCCUGCUAACCCAGAAAGCUCCGUGGAAGACUGCUUGGCUCAUCUUGGGGACAAAGUAUCACAGGAACUGAAAGAGCCUCUACAAAAGGCAUUGCAAAUGCUCCUCAGCCAGCCAGUGACAUAUCAGGCAUAUCGGGAAUGUACACUGGAGACCACAGUUCAUGCCAGCGGCUGGAAUAAGAUUUUGGUGCCUCUGAUUUUGCUACAACAAAUGCUUUUGGAGUUGACAAGACGUGGUCAAGAGCCUCUGAGUGCAUUGCUACAGUUUGGUGUGACAUAUCUGGAGGACUAUGCAGCAGAGUACAUCACUCAACAAGGUGGCUGGGGCACUGUUUUUAACCUUGAAUCAGAGGAGGAGGAAUACCCUGGAAUCGUUGCAGAAGAUAGCAAUGACAUUUAUAUCCUGCCCAGUGACAACUCUGGACAAGUCAGUCCUCCAGAGUCUCCUACUGUGACCACUUCUUGGCAGUCAGAGAGCUUACCUGUUUCACUGUCAGCCAGCCAGAGUUGGCACACAGAAAGCCUCCCAGUGUCCCUAGGUCCUGAGUCCUGGCAGCAGAUCGCAAUGGAUCCUGAAGAAGUCAAAAGCUUAGAUAGCAAUGGGGCUGGAGAGAAGAGCGAGAAUAACUCUUCUAAUUCUGACAUUGUGCAUGUGGAGAAAGAAGAAAUUCCUGAAAGCAUGGAAGAGGCUGCCGUGGCAUCUGUCACCUUGCCAACCAAGGAGCUGCGGGAGGGGCUCCCGGAAGCACCAGCUCCCUUGCUUCCACAUAUCACUGCCGCUUCCUUGCUGAAGAUGAGGGAGCCCGACACAGAAGGGAUGACAGUGGAGACAGUCAGCCCUGCUCCGUCUUCGUUCGUGGAACUUGCUGAAGAAGAGAACUUGCUGAAGACAAAAGCAGCAACGGUUGAAUCUGUUAAACUGGAAGAGGAGGUGACCCCCGCACUGGAACCCACAGCAACACUGCUGAGUGAAGAGGAGAUGCGUGUGAGGAGAGGGGGCCUUCGAGAAGGUCCCUCCCCUGCAGGAGAAGCGAAAGCCAUCCCACUGUCUGAGGGCAAGUCUAUACUGCUGUUUGGAGGGGCCGCCGCCAUCGCCAUGCUGGCAGUGGCAGUUGGGGUCGCACUGGCUCUCAGAAAGAAAUAGCAGAUUUUUCAGUAGAGAAAGAAAAUAAAAAAGAUGUCAGGUUUUAGCUGUACUGACUGAAUUUGAACCACCAACAGCUGAUUUGGACAUUUGUGGAACACUCUGGGAUAAUGGGGGACUUCUGCUCAACAAGGCAGUAAAUUGAUCCACAUAGUAGGGCUUCAGGUAGAGAGCAUUCACGUUUGUCUGAUUUUAAGUUCCAAGGGCCUCGACUCCUGCUAAAUUUGGAAUCUUAUGCGUUAAGCACUCCCUCUAGAACAGGGUUUCUCAACCUUGGCAUUAAUGACAUCAUGAUUAAUUCUUCGUUGUGGGAGGCUGUCUUGUGCACUGUAGGAUGUUUAGCAACAUCCUUGGCCUCUACCCACUAAAUACAAGUAGCACCCUUCCCCCAGUUGUGACAAUCAGAAAUGUCUCCUGACAUUGCCAAAUGUCCUCUGGGGGCAAAAUUGUUCCCGUGGAGAGCCACAGCUCUAGAGGGAAAGGGUUAAUUUAGGAUCAUCUGGGAUAGAAAUUCCCAGGCAAAAG